CCAACGGUCAUUCAACUGCAUAGACACUGACAGCCCUGAUCACCAUCCCAAGGAUUUCUUCCUAGUUCCUUUCGAUACAUUUUAUUGAUCCCAUCGUUGCGGUGCAGUGGAUCAUAUCCAAUAGACAUCCUAUUCCACUGCAGAUUACACUAGUCGUGCAUUCCAAUCAGGCGGACACUGCAGUAUAUCUAUCUACCUAUCAUCCCACCACUAGACUUCUACUACCACCACCACCACCUCGCUAGUACCUAACCCAACCUACUACCCAACUUUGUUUUUUCUUCUCUAAUUCUAGUCUUCCUGACUGGUCUAUCACUCGUCCUAAUUACUCUUCCAUGCUGCUGUCUGUGGAUCAAGCACCUUUCCCUAUUCGAUCACCCACUGUCUCCGGUGGUAGACUCAGGCAAGAUGUCGGUCAACUGGGUGAUGCUGCAAGAGCGUGACGGCUUCGUCCGCCUCCCCAGAGAACAAUCCGUAUAUGCAUCUCCCCCGCGGACAAGCAUCUCCCUGCAACAGCUCGGGUCGAGCUCCGGGAAGGAUGCCUUUUCCCUCCAAAGCAGCAGCGGUCAAAUCUACCUAACGAAUCAGCGGGUGGUCUACAUCCCGGCUCAGAAGUCGGAUGAAUUCCAAUCAUUCUCGGCCCCACUUCUCAACGUCCGCGACAGCCAUGUUACGGCCCCAUUCUUUGGCCCCAAUGCCUGGGUGGCUCUGGUCCAGCCCGUCUCGGGCGGCGGGAUUCCUCCCGGGCUGCCCGCUAUCCAGAUCAAAGUCACCUUCAAAGAAGGCGGGGCGUUUGACUUCCACAACCGCUUUGAAAGGAUCAAAGAGCGUCUGGAGCAGGCGGUCGAAGUCUCGCGAGAGAGCGCACGCGGCUCCACCAACGUGGACAUGUCCACCGUCCAUCUGGAAGAGCUCCCCGCUUACUCUGCGCCGGCCAGCGAGGCAACGGGCGCGAGAGCACCAGCAUAUGACGCACCUUCGUCGACCUCGCAACAUACCCGGGUAGCUUCCGAAACGGGACCGGAGUUCAUGGAGCCGCCGCCGGGCUACGAGGAGGUGCAACAGCAGAGUGUGGCUAAUGAGCUAGAGGAGCGAUUACGCCGUACCACAUGAGGAUGUAUUUCGGGGUGGAAGUAUCAUUCAAGGUCUAUUCUGUUCCUGAAUUUCUCAAUCCUUGAGUUGAUUUUCUUCUAUAUCCCUUUUCCUCUUAUCCUUUUCCAAUUUCUCGAUUUUGUUUCCCUUUUUUGUGCCUGCCGUCUCCAAGCAAGUCCCAGCAAGCCUGUUGAUAAAAAAAAUCCAAAUCUGUACAGUAUUAAUCAA